AUGAGCGAAUCCGAACUUGACGAAUUUCGUAAAAGAACAUCACGAUUACUCGAAGCCUUCGUUUACGACUACCUUAAGAAAACCGGUUAUAAUGAAACUGCAAAGACAUACUUCAGAGAAGUAAAAUUAAAUAACUGGCCACCUACAUGGCUCGAGCAGAUAAUAACACCGGUUUCACCAAUUUCACCUGACCCUGUCGUUUCCGACUCCAUAAUCACUGCCGACAUCUCUGUUGACUUAGAUGAUGCAAUCAACGAGAACUCGAACAUUUUAGUAUCGGCUCCAAACAUAACUUCUUCAUCGCACGCUACAUCACCGAUCGAUGUCAACUCUUCUUCGCAAACUCCCCCUCUCAUAGUCCUUCAACCUUCAAAUUUACAGAUUCAUGAUAAAGAUUUGAAUACCGAGGAGAAAGUUGACGGAGAUCAUGACGCCGUUGACCUCGUUGAUCUGCAAACUUGCGGAAGUCCAAGAGAUGAUCAAAUUUCGAUGAAAUUCGAAGAACUCGUUUCCGCCUCUUCGAUAACAAAUCUGGAAAUAAAAUCCGAACCUGGUGCUCAUGAUGAAAAUUCGCGAGACUCUCCCCUUCGCUCAAUAAACACACGUGAAAAAAUGUUACCGCCAAGAAUUAGUAGCGAAUCUAGUAUCGAAUGUGAAAGCGAAGUUAGUGGAGACCAACUACCAGAUUUAAAAUUGCCUUUAGAGGGACGAGAUGGGUUCUUGCAAGAUUGGUGGAUCGUUCUAUGGGAAAAUUAUAAAGAGUUGUACAAAAGAAAGACAGGAAACACCUUGGAACAUUAUUGA